GCCCGCGCACGCACGCGCACUGCGCACAGCAUGAGGGUCGCGGCUCUGAUCAGUGGUGGGAAGGACAGCUGUUAUAACAUGAUGCAGUGCAUUGCUGCUGGGCAUCAGAUUGUUGCUUUAGCAAACCUAAGACCAGCUGAAAACCAAGUGGGGUCAGAUGAACUGGAUAGCUACAUGUAUCAGACGGUAGGUCAUCACGCCAUUGAUUUGUAUGCAGAAGCGAUGGCUCUUCCCCUCUAUCGCCGCACCAUAAGGGGAAGGAGCAUGGAUACAGGACGAGUGUACACCAAAUGUGAAGGUGAUGAGGUUGAAGAUCUCUAUGAGCUUCUGAAACUUGUUAAGGAAAAAGAAAAAGUAGAGGGAAUAUCAGUCGGUGCUAUACUCUCUGAUUAUCAGCGUGUUCGAGUCGAAAAUGUGUGUAAAAGGCUUAAUCUCCAGACUUUAGCUUACCUUUGGCAGAGAAACCAGGAAGAUUUGCUCCGAGAGAUGAUAUCAUCUAAUAUUCAAGCAAUCAUCAUCAAAGUAGCAGCUCUGGGUUUAGAUCCAGAUAAACAUCUUGGAAAAACCUUGGAUCAAAUGGAGCCUUAUCUCUUAGAGCUUUCUAGGAAGUAUGGAGUCCAUGUUUGUGGAGAAGGUGGAGAGUAUGAAACGUUCACUUUGGAUUGCCCUCUAUUUAAGAAGAAAAUAAUUGUGGAUUCAUCAGAAGUAGUCAUACAUUCGGCUGAUGCAUUUGCACCUGUGGCUUACCUACGCUUUUUAGAAUUGCACUUGGAGGACAAGGUGUCCCCAGUACCUGACAACUGCAGAACAUCUAAUUAUAUACAUAACUCUUGAAAAGCAUUUUUGAACAUUGUUUACUAAGCUGCUAUUUCUAUAUUUUAAAAAAUUACAUAGAAUUUUCUCAGUUGUUAUGUCCCACUUUUUCUCAUUACUUUUUUUAUUCUUAGAUAUAUAUAUAAAACACAUACAUAUAUAUAUCUUCAUCAACAGUUAAUAGAACCAUUAAUCAAUUGGUUCACACAUCCUAUCCAUGAUCUUAGUGCUCUGUACCCUUUCCCCCCUUUUACUUCAUCUACAGUCCUCAUUUCUAUAACAUUUCUUUGCUGUCAUCACACUCAUUUAUUUAUUUUCCUCUUUCUCUUUCCUGCUCUCAUCUCUGCCAAUAAUAUGAUGCAGAGGCAUUCAAAAAGGAGGACAAAAGGCAAACACUAUAUUUAGCCAAUCAGGUUUAUUCUACUGGGUGUCACUUUAUUUGUUUUGAAUAUAUUCAUUGUUUCAACAUUUUUGGACAAUCAGGAAGAAUAUCAUUAACUCUUACUGGUUAUUUUAUAACUGAUCAAAAAAUGCAGUUUUUCAGUAUUACCUAUGCUGACCUUAGACUACUUUUCGAGUUCACAGCAAAACUGAGCAGAAAAUACAGAGUUCCCACACAUGCACAGUGCCCCCACUGUCAACAUCCCACACCACAGCAGUACAUUUGUUACAGUCAAUGAAUUUACACUGACCCAUCAUUAUCAGCAAAGUUCACAGUGACAUGAUUCACUCUUGGUGUUGAACGUUUUGUGAGUUUGGGCAAGUGCAUGAUGACUUGUAUCUACCAUCAUAGUCUAAUACAGAAUAAUUUCAUUACCCUAAAAAUCCUCUGUGCUCUGCCUAGUCAUCUUUCUUUUUCCUGUAACUCCUGAUGAUUUUACUAUUUUCAUAGUUUUACCUUUUCCAGAAUGUCAUGCAGUUGGAAUCAUUUGGUAUGUUGCCUUUUCAGUUUGGCUUCUUUCACUUACUAAUACACAUUUAGAUUCUGUCAUGUCAUGUCUUUUCAUGGCUUGAUAUCUCAUUUCUUUCUUGUUUUUAAAUUAAGACAAUUUUUUAGAGCAGUUUUAGGUUCACAGAAAAAUUAGAAGGCAAGUAUAGAAAUUUUCCAUAUAUCCCCUGCCCCUACACAUACAGAGUCUCCCUCAUUAUCAGCCUGCCCCACCAGAGAGGGGAGGGGUACAUUUGUUACAAUUAAUGAACCUACAUUACACAUCAUCAUCACUCAAAGUUCAUAGUUUACAUACGUGUAUCCAUCAUUAUGGUGUCAUAUGGAAUAUAUUCACUGUCCUAAAAAUCCUCCAUGCCCCACCAUUCAUUGCUUAGUCCAACCCCUGGCAACCACAUCUUCCCUUUUCCAGAAUGCCGUAUAGUUAGAAUAAUAUAGUAUGUUGCCAUUUAGAUUGGCUUUUUUCACUUAGUAAUAUGCAAUUAAGUUUCCUGCAUGCUUUUUCAUGAGUUUUUAAGUACUUAAUAAUAUUCUAUUGUCUGGAUAUACCACAAUUUAUUUAUCCAUUCACCUACUGAAGGACAUCGUGGUUGCUUCCAAAUUUUGGCAAUUGUGAAUAAAGCUGCUGUAAAACAUCCA